UAUGUGUUUUAAUGUUGUUUGAAUAUAAACAAUUCUUGGAAUGUACCGAAAUUGUGAUUAUCCAGCAAAGGUAUGUCUUUAAUAACAAUUGAAGCUUGUAGAAAAUGUAUUCCAAUGCUCGGUUGCAAAGAAUAUUGUUUCAUUGCAGAUUGAAGUCAUACUAGAUAAUAUCAUCGGCUAACGGAAGUGAGGAGAAGCACAGCUAGAAAUGUGUAUAGCAUAGGGAGAGAGCCGGUGUUAUCAGUGGCAACAUCUGUAUACAUAAACUGUUAUCGAUGAUGUGUGGAUUUUUAUAUAUAGUAUUAUAUAAAAUCGGUUUACCUUUAUGCCUAAACAUAGGGAGGGCAGUUUCCUAGUUGUAGGAGGCUUCACAUAUUUACAUUUGCUACCAAACAGGAUUUACUAUGAGGAGCCAGUACGUAGACUGCUCUAUCGCUAUACAGCGACGGGCUAUAGAGACCGGUCUAACACAAAAGUAGUACCAGAGAAAGCUCGUGCCAUCGUGUAGCUGGCUAUGUGUUCAUCACACCCAUAUUGAAGGAAAUGACGAUGAUACCGUGUCAACAGUGAAGAGGUUACGCCAUAUAGAUAGUUAUGUGUUCGUUUCGGUGUUGAAACGUGUUCAACGAUGAACCCCUGUCAACAUUGAAGAGGUGAUACCGUUUCUGUGUGAUUAUGAUAUUGAAAAGGACAUCGACGGCGAUGAACCCUUGUCCAUAUUGAAGAGGAACUGGUCAUGUCUCUAGAUCGAUGCUGAUGGGGGUUAGAACUCCCUAAAUUUACCCUUUGUAAGGUUUUACGGAGCUUUAGGUAUGCGUUUCACAGGAAUUUUAACACUGGUCUUUCUAGCCGACAGUAUAUACGGAACUGAACAGCAAGACAUCAGAAGAGUUGGUAUCCUCCACCCAAGCCAAACUUCCGUAUUUGUCCUAAUCGAUGACCUCCUGAUUCGAAUGGGCACAAACAUCACAGUAACCUAUAUCAACUCCACAUUCAGCGGUGACAAUCUCGAUCAAUACCAAACCGCAGACGAAAUCGUAAAAACUCUCAAGAUAUCAGCAUUAAUUGGACAUUUUAGUGAAACAUUUGCAGUCGCUACAGAACAUAACCGGAUACCUUAUUUUGUGACAAACAUGGUUCCCUGGGAUUGGCGCCAGCACCGAUUUCUUAUUCGGAUUAUUCCUGACACUAGUGUAUACCGCAUGGCCAUCUGUGACAUCCUAAAGUAUUUCAAUUGGAUGCGAGUUGGAAUUUUAUAUGACAACGAUGCUGCGUCGCAAGUUGUGAUUAACUUAAUAGGAAAUUAUACGGAUAGGAUCAAGGCAUUCGACAUUCGCUAUAACAGUACGAGUGCUAAUGUGAGAUUAGCACUAAAAGAACUAAGAGAUAAUUAUUAUGAGAAAUUCAUCAUUCUGUGCUCUUCCAAGAAUGCGGACAUUGUCUUAACUCAAGCGUUGUAUUUAAGUUUACUUUCCCGUCCAAAUACAUGGCUGGUUGUUAACAUGGUAGUGGACGACAUAGCCUUAGAUAAGUACAUAGAUUCCAGAGCCAACAUGACGUCUUUGUCACUCAUGCUUGACGCCAACACUAGCUUCUGUGCCUUGACCGGGUCGAACUGGACACUGACCAAUGCUGUAUACCACGACUCAUUAAAAAUUUAUCAGGCAAUGCUUGACUUCAACAACGGAUCAGGCAGAUUUGCAAUGCUCAAGACACUACGACAGCAUGGCGAGUCUGGAAAUUUCCUCGAAAACGAAAUAACCAUUGAUGGGUGCACAGGACAUGUAGAAUUUACAAAAGCGGGCAAGAGAAAAGAAACAUUUCUCAGGAUGUCUACACUUGCAACUCUGAAAAAUGGCACAACGAAUGACACUGAUUACCAGAGUACUUUAUUUCAGUCAGGAACAUGGAGAAGUCUUAAGGAUACCAUGCAUAAGCGGAUCGAACCGUCCAGAUCGUACGACAGUGUGAUGAGAAUGGGCGAUGACAUAUUUAGCAACGAACCACUUCGAAUUACAACUAUCAUCGAGCCUCCCUUUAUCCAAUGGAAGAAUGACACUCCACUGUCACACCCAAUUUACAACUUAAACGACCACCUCGAAGGUUUCUGUAUCAGCGUGCUAGACGAAAUGGCCAAGCUGUUGGAUUUUACGUACAAUCUGACAUUAGUACCCGAUGGCAAAUUUGGCAGUUUGAAAUCCCACGGGUGGACAGGGAUGGUCAGAGUCUUGUUUGAAAAGGAAGCCGACAUAGCCCUUGCUCCAUUCCAAAUCACGCCAAAAAGAUCAAUGGCUGUGGAUUUUACCAAGCCGUUCAUGACAAAAGGAACUAGUGUUGUUGUGAAAAAACCGGACAGAAGUGUGUCACCAUUUCAGUUUUUAUCCCCACUGUCAAAGUACGUGUGGAUAGCAAUAUUUUUGUGUUUCGUGACUACGGCUUUAAUGCUGUUUGCUACAAGUCGUGUGAAUAACGACAGAAAACCGAAGUGUAUGCACAAUCUUAGAGAAAGUUUUUGGUACAUUUGGGGAACUAUCCUACGUGGAAAUUUAACUGGUUCCCCAACUGGGAUAUCUAGUAGAAUCGUAAGUUCUGCGUGGUGGUUUUUCUCUUUAAUUAUAAUUUCUAUAUAUACUGCUAAUUUAGCUGCGUUUUUAACUAUAUCCAAUGCACAUAUACCUAUAGACUCGGCUGCUGAUUUAGCUGAUCAGACAGACUUCGACUACGGUACUGUGGAUGGAAGUCAAAUAGAAAACUUCUUUAAGCAUACAAAUAUAUCGCAUUAUGCAAAGAUGUGGGCACAUAUGCACUUGCUCUCUAAGGAAUCCAUGGUGAGAAGAGUUGAAAAUGGAUUCGACCGAGUGUUGAGAGAGAAAUAUGCCUUCUUAUGGGAUUCGCCCGUUGUAAGACAUCACAUAGCAAACGACUGUGGACUCACGGAAAUUGGGAGCCCAUUCGAUUUGAAAGGAUAUGGAAUAGCUACUCAGAAGGGUUCCAUUUACACUGAACAAUUGUCUUGGGCAACACUGAAGCUUAAUGAUGAAGGCAUUCUAUAUCGUUUGGAAGGAAAAUGGUGGCGCCGGCCGAAUUGUCCCGAUCCCCGCCAGAGUGCCAAGAGUAAAGCUAUAGAGAUCAAUGUGGCUUCCGGAAUGUUUAUCGUACUUCUAGGUGGAAUCGUACUCUCUAUACUAGUGUUUUUGGGAGAAAUGGUUUAUUACAGAGCAAGGUCAAAGAGCAAAAAACCAAUUGAAGAGCGCGAGGAAAACAAUAUUCACAGUUCCGGAAAUCACGUGGGUAACAACGCGGAGACAAGCAGUAAGGACGAUGAGGUACGUACAGUUCUGUCGCGUACAUUAAGCAUUGGUGAGAACUGCGUACACAACCGCUGGGAGUAGUGUUCACCUAUGACAGAUACGGACAGCGUACAUAUGUACCUGGCAGUAUGAAUGUGGUGUGCAUCUGAUGCCCUGAACACCGGUCCAGAAUAAUUGAUAUUACUGAUGAUUACGUGAUAUUUAAGAAUGAGUAUGGCGGUGAUUGAAGACACAACUGAGGGCGAAUAUGUAUGUACAAUGAACACUAUUUGAAGAACGAACAUAUAUGUACUGUUUGUUGUUAUAUUUACCAAGUUUUUUUUUAAAUUUUAAUUCAUUUUGGCCAAAAUUAUUACAUAUAAAUAUAUAUUGAAAGAAGAGUACGAUAAAACAUAGUGAUGUAAAAGGGAUGGAGACAGAGAGGUAUUGAAUAUUAUUGUAUGGAAAAUGUGUACUCACCUUCCUAAUAUACUUUUAAGUACUCGAAUGGUAUUAGUUGUGCAAUCGUUAACAUGCAUUUAUGUUGACAACUCUUGAUAUAUGAUGUUUAUUUAAUUUCUUAAAACCACUUGGAUAAUCGUGAAAGCUAGAAUAACUGCUGUUUUAAUCACGUUGGCAAUUGUGAAUGCUGAAAUAACUGCUGAGUUCUUUUAAUUUAUGAAAGAUACAAUAGACAAUAUAAAAAUCUCAUUAUUCCUCAAUUCCUCAAUUAAAUUGUUAAAUACAACGCGGAUAAGGUUGUAGAAAUCCUGAGAACGCAGUCGGAAUCCACUCUUCACUGUAAAUACCAGUUGUUGCUUUUAAAAACUAAAAAAAUGCUAUUACAGUUUCAAUAUUUAGUUUUAUCAGUUUGCUUCAUCCUCGUAGCCAUGUUUACAGUUUAUGCACAAAAAUAUGUUGUUAACGAUAAAAGCUAACACGAAGAAAAUUACUUUCAAAAAGGAAAAAACAGAACCCUAAAGGGACAAUUUUACAUGCGCUUCUUUGCAUUGGAAAGUUGGACAUUUUUUUUUGUUCUCAUAAACACAUUUAUCAAACAUAUUUCUUGGCUUACUUUUUAAAUACUCUGACACGGAAACAUAAGCUAUAUGAGAGUUUUUAGAUUUUCCACAUUUAACAUUUUCGAGUCUAAGUCUUUCUUAUAAAAAAAAGCAAACUCAGGGAAUAUGUUAAAUAUCGUGACAAACCAGGUAUGACCAAAGAAAAACAAUGUAACCAUGUGUUAGCAGAGAAAUCUAUCAAAUACUGUACCUAUAGUCUGUAAGCGUUACUAUUUCAUUGGUUAUACAAUUUGCAAUUUCGCACACAGCACGUUUCGUGUUUGUACUAUUUCACGAUAUAGGCAUUUUCAUUUUUGUAUUCGAUUUAUUCCUAAAGUGACCAUGCAAAUUCAAUAGAGUUUAAGAAUAUAACUAAUGUUGGACAGUGUUAAUGGACGGUUUUAUCAGUUAAACUUUCAUUUUGUAUUUCUUUCUACAUUUGAUUAUGAAUAAAAAAUGAUCAAAUGUGUAUUUGCGUGUUUGGCUUGUAUGCCCGAUUAAAUAUGUGUAUUUGUGUAUGUAUGGCUUUGGUGUUAUAGAAAAUUAUGUUUCUGUGAAAUAUGAUUGAGAUAAUGAUGUAUUAUUUACAUCAACAUGUUAAAAGAGCAUAUAUGGUCGAAAUGUAUGAUAAACAGUUACAUUGUAAUACCAAAGACCGCGCUUUGCAUUUACCCCAAUAUCACAGAAUCAAGAAGACCUCUAACCAGACUUAUUACUAGAAGUCAAUUUUUUUUUCAAACAUUUUACUUCCCCAGUACAUUUAGGAUACUACUGAGGUUGGGGAGCCCCGGGAUCAGCAUCUUCACAAGCAUGUGUCCUCAUACAAGACACAAAGUCGGUUUGACAUUUUUUUCUAUGUGUCCCCGUACAAUUACUUACUAGUAAUUAUAUUAUUAUUUCUUUAUUUUCACUGUCUUCUUUAACACUUAUACUUACAUUCAUACUUACAUUCAAAACUAACGUACAAAUUAUCCUUACAUAAAUAAAUGCAUGCAUUCCCUUUGCCGCGCCUCCAGGUAAAUUAAUUGAAGCCAAGUCUUACCAUAAGGAUCAUUGGCGCUGACAUGACAAAAGAAUAUUUUAUUUGUUUCACUGGUACAAAAUAGUUUAUAUUCCAUAGGAAAGAUGACUGAUUUAUCAAUUACCUUUUAUAUUAAGUUCCUCAAUAUUAAAAUAAUACUGUUAUCUAACUUUAAAACAAAGGUCGAUGUUUCAUCUUAGGUUAAAAAUGACGUUGAUAUAUAUUCAUUAGUUCCAAGCUUUAAUAAUAUUAAGUCGUUUUGACAUUUUUUUCCAUUUCCAUUCAGAUGGAAGGAUAGAUAGAGACCAUAUUAAAAUAACAUCUAUAGAACGGUGAUUCAGAUACAAUAUAAACUUUAAAAUCAUGGCCAGUCAAAAUCAGUAUUUAUGCGAAUACAUGUAUAUAUAAAAAGUUGUUUUGUUUUAUCAUUGUUUAGAAAAUACUCAUUUCAUUUUUAAAAGGGCCUAAAUAACCAAAUCGUUAAGCCUGUUCUUAUAAAACAAUAGGUAAUAGCUGUCUUUGUGUAAAAGUACAGAUGUACAUGUAUAACUAUAAAUCAUGAUCGAUAACGUUUUCUUCAUUACAUUUUGUUUCCUGACUUUAAAUAUUGAAAUGUCGUUUUAUACAGAUGCUAUUAUUCAAUGAUAUAUUAGAUUGUUUGUUAAAACGUAUGAAAAAAAAUGUGUAUGCAUUAACAUCGUUUGUCUAUUAACUAAUUCCAUCAAAACCACCAUAUCUUAUUGAACACUAUGUAAAAAGCUACCAAAUGUUCAAAACAGCAAAACAGAUUUAGCAAUGACUCAAAUGAUUAAAAGAUGUUUUCUAUCAUCCCGAUUGAUAAUUCGUCCGUGGCCGGGUUAUGAAAAUGUUGCGAGUGUUAGGUUUGACCUCAUCACACCAAACAUAAUAUCAAGUGACAAGGUAAAUACUGUAGACAGACUCAUUUUGAUGGUUCGGUCAAUCUUUUGUCAGCAUCCAAGGGGGUGUUUUUAUCUGGACAUAAAAUGUAAACCGGUGCCUAAAUAUCACUUAUUUUGUAUUAAAUUAUAUAUACCAAAUUGAUAUCGAAUCACGUGAGUGAUACUAUCAACAGCUGAACGAUCAGCAUCGUGAAUCAACAUUGAAUACUACUCACAAACAGGACUUUGUUGUUUUUAGAAGAACUUCAUGUUCUUUUUAUUGUAACAGACAUUUGAUACACAUGGUUUAAUCGAUCGAGCAAAUCUACGUGGUUUAUUGAUAGGAACAGCUAUUUCAAAUGUAAUACCCUCAAACGGAAACUAUAUCCAAAACAAAUACAUUAAUCAAAUUUCCAACGUGUGUGCAGUCAUGAUGCAUAACAUUAAUAGAUACACGAAUUUUUGAUAGAAGAGAGAAUGCAUUUCAUUUGGUAUCUUAUUCAAUAGCACCAUAACCAAAUCUGACAACCUGCCAAAAGAAAGGGAAGUAUGUGAACAUUAAACCAGAAUUUCCCUGAUAUAUUUUGUCUAUUUUCACAUUUAAGCUGACAAUGAUUUGAACAAUUAGUCCUAAGUUGCCAUUGAAUUUGUAUGAAUGGAUAUUAGAAUACAUGUACAACAAUACGAAACUUUGAGAGAUGAAACAGUAUGCAUUUUGAGAUGAAUAACCGGUUAUUUUGUUAUUUUAAUGAAUGUAUUGUAUUUUUCAUUUUUAUAUACUAUUUUCUAUCUUUUCCCUGAAUUUUGUAAAUUGACUGCGUAACUCCAUAAUAUUGUCAAAGAAUCUGAUUCAGACAAAAGGAAUAUGGUCAGUAAAAAACGAUUGUCAUGAUAUUUUGCUGUUAGUGCUAGUAUCAACUUUUGCUUAUGUUUAGAUUAACAUAGGUACGCGCUUAUGUUUACAUUGAUAUAGGUACGUGAUUAUGUUUACAUUGAUAUAGGUACGUGCUUAUGUUUACAUCGAUAUCGGUACGUGCUUAUGUUUACAUUGAUAUAGGUACGUGCUUAUGUUUACAUCGAUAUCGGUACGUGCUUAUGUUUACAUUGAUAUAGGUACGUGCUAAUGUUUACAUUGAUAUAGGUACGUGCUUAUGUUUACAUUGAUAUAGGUACGUGCUUAUGUUUACAUUUAUAUAGGUACGUGCUUAUGUUUAGAUUGAUAUAGGUACGUGAUUAUGUUUACAUUGAUAUAGGUACGUGCUUAUGUUUACAUUUAUAUAGAUACGUGCUCAUGUUUAGAUUGAUAUAGGUACGUGCUUAUGUUUAAAAUUGUAUUUAUAUGUGCUUAUGUUUACAUUGAUAUACGUACGUGCUUACGUUUACUUUGAUAUAGGUACGUGCUUAUGUUUAGAUUGAUAUAGGUACGUGCUUAUGUUUACAUUGAUAUAGGUACGUGCUUAUAUUUACAUUGAUAUAGGUACGUGCUUAUGUUUACAUUUAUAUAGGUACGUGCUUAUGUUUACAUUGCUAUAUAGACGUGCUUAUAUUUACAUUGAUAUCGGUACGUGAUUAUGUUUACAUUGAUAUAAGUACGUGCUUAUGUUUUCAUUGAUAUAAGUACGUGCUUAUGUUUACAUUGAUAUCGGUACGUGCUUAUGUUUACAUCGAUAUCGGUACGUGCUUAUGUUAACAUUGAUAUAGGUACGUGCUUAUGUUUACAUUGAUAUAGGUACGUGCUUAUGUUUACAUUGAUAUAGGUACGUGCUUAUGUUUACAUUGAUAUAGGUACGUGCUUAUGUUUACAUUGAUAUAGGUACGUGCUUAUGUUUACAUUGGUAUUACUACGUGUCUUUUAUUUGUAUUUAAAGAUGUUGUGUAAUAGGUGAUUGAAGUAAUGUAAAUGCGAAUGGAGCUUCAUUUCAUCGACAAAUUCAAUUUCAAACACGGGACGACGUAUCAAUCAAGAUGGAAUUCUAUUUACAUAUAUCAAUUGUAUAAUAUCAUGAUUACCGCAUGCUGUUUUAUCUGUGAUCAAAAUUCUAUUAUAUAUUGCUGGUAUAUAUUGAUACUGUACAUAAUGCAUUUGUUAACAUAGGUUAUCUUUAACAUGGAAUGUCCAGUACAAAGAUAACUGUGCAAGUCCCUUUCAUUAUUUUAUUUUUCUUUUAAAUUUGUCGAUUGGUCAGUUUUCACAAAAGAUCAAACAUUAAUCCUCACCAAUAAAAAACAUCGAUGCAUGGGAACUUCGUUAAGUUAGAGUUUGGUAUUCAUGAGUGAUCCAUUUCCGGAUGAUAAUAGUAACGCGUAGUAACUUAUAUGUCAGAAUAACUGUUCCAUUUAACCAAAAUACGUAUCUUUCAUGAUUUUACUGAAACUACAAUACACUGUCUGCAUUAACAAAGCUCCAUUGUAUAUAACACUUGUAUUAUAAACUAUCCAGAUCGUAUCAGAAUAUGAGGAAGGUUUCAACGUCGUUGGUAAUGUCUUUUCCUAUGGAUACAACAGUCUGUCUCAUUAUCACUAAGUUAAUCUUGGUCAUUUUUUAUUGUACAUUACGAAUUAAUUGAUUCCAAAGUCAAUAUGGUGAAUGUGAUUAAAGGGCAAGACCUCCGGGUAACCCUCGGGUCACGAUUAUUGUAUUUAAGGUCACCGGCUGAUUAAAGGAGAAUGUUAUUAUUAUCUAGACCAUGUGCCUUAAUAAACCAUUAUACAA